CAUGAAUCAGCAAGACAUAAAAGUCCCCUUUGAUUGUGAAAAGAGUGUCGUGGUGUGAUUUUUCUUGUGUAAAGAGUUUUUUCAAUUGGAUUUUUCACCAAUUUUCCGUGCAUUAGUACAAUUAAAAAUAUCCGCACGUUGUGCUGUGAGUCCUUGUGAAGUGUGCGGUGUAAGAAAAAGUCGCCCCAAUGUGGGGCCAAGACUGCAAAUUGCGAGUGAACGAGCGACACAAGAAAGACAAAGUGAAGGAAAUUGCGUGCGGGAGCUUCAACGGCGUUUGAAGCUCUCGUGAGUGUUUGAAUGGAAUUAUGAACCAGGAUUCUUUGUCAUUCACUCUAACGCAGAUCAGUUAUUUGGUUUCAACCCUAAACAAGAAGAAUUUCGAUAAGAAUAGCCGACAACUUGACAAGCUCGUUCGUGAAUUCGGCUUGGAAGCGGACCGACAUUAUCUGCGUUGUUUAUUCGCGGCAAUUGACUUUGCGGACUCUCAAAUAGCCAAACACUCACUCCAGGCGAAACUCCUCUGUGGCAAUUUACUCUUCCUCCUGGGACGCCCAUCAUUUGUCUCCACCAUCUGCUACACAUUUGAGAAUUACCUCACAUCGCAGAAGACACUGAAAUUAUCACCAAAUUUUCUCAAUACAGUGGCACGAACGCUGAGUUUGUCACAGAUAAAAGAAGUAGCAAUUGCCUAUUCGCUCCUCCAUUCAGCAAAUCCAGAACUUGCCAAAUACGCUGAACAGCACUUGAAAACUUGCCUCCCAAAGUUCAUUCAGUCGUACAUUGAUAUUGACCCAUCUCGUCCGAAUCAAGAGGGGAGUUUAAACGAUAUCGCUCCGGAAUUGCUGCAGGUGAUUAUUUCGGUUAUAUCGCACGGGAAACACGCGCAAUUUGGGCUAUCGGACGUUAUCUACGACAAAUUCAUCACACAUUUGUGUCGGGACUUUCCACGCGAUAGAGUACCACUCAUCCUUGCACCUUUGCUGUACGCUGAGGAGCCCGAAGUGCCAGCUGAUAGGAUUGUUGGGGGGAAUCAAGCGGCUGUGGGUGUGAUGUCGAGUGGAAUAAUGGAUACAUCGUGGGCGAAUCUUGUGAUGGACAUUGGGUAUUCGUUCACGGUGUCCGUGGAUGAGUGCAAGAAUCAUUUGAUUAAGGUGACAGGGCGGGAGAUUGGGGCACAGGAUGUGGCCAAAAUUCUCGCUCUUAUGUGUCGGACGCAUAGCAAUUUGUCGGAGAGUAGUAUUAAUUUGCCAACACCGGGUGCUUUCUGGGCGGCAGGGGCACAAGGUGGGGCAGGGGCAACGGGAACACCUGCCGAUGGGACAAAGGAUAAAGUUACAGCAGGACCACCGGGGACACCGGCUGCAGAUCAUGUCACAUGGAAGCCCGAUGUGUUUGUUCAGGCACUCAAGGAGGUUGUUCCGGCGCUGAGUUGGAAGGAUGUUUGCGUGGGAUUGGAUCAUGCGGAAUUUAUGCUGAAAGAUCGUGCAGGAUUGAAUCUUCUCGUGACAACACUCCGUUUGGGUUUGCAAUCGAUGACACCACCACAGAAUUUCCCAGCUGAAUGCCUCUAUAGGCAUUGGACGAAUACCGAAGGACAACUCUCGCUGAUCUCCCUCAUUCUCAAGAAUGCCGACAUUUUCUCCUUUGCCGACUACAUCUUCACGAGUGUCUCGGUGGAGUUGCUCAAGACACCCCCGGAGGCGGAUAAUAAGGAAAUUGCCGCAUGGAAGUCACUUCAUCUUGUAGAGGUGCUCCUGUACAUUGCUGAGAAUGGCUUCUAUACGGCUGUAAUGGAGUUGUUUAAGACACCCAUUCAACACUGUCCGGAUGUCUUGUUUAUGGCCCUGCUGCAGAUUAAUCCGCCGCUAACGGUGCUGCGGCAGGAACUCUUUCAAAAUCUCAUUCCCAUCUUUUUGGGUAAUCACCCAAAUUCCGGAGCUAUUCUGCAUCAUGCAUGGAAUUCGGCAAAUCUCAGUCCAUCCCUCAGGCAUAUCAUAAUGCAUUCAAUGAGUGAAUGGUACCUCCGUGGGGAUAAUGAUCAAUCACGCCUUUCACGUAUUCUCGAUGUUGCGCAGGACUUGAAGGCACUCUCAAAUCUCCUGAAUGUUCGCUCAUUUAUGUUUGUCAUUGAUCUGGCGUGCCUGGCGUCACGUAGGGAGUACCUCAAGUUGGAGAAGUGGCUCAGUGAUAAAAUUCGCGAACACGGUGAACCCUUUGUGCAGGUCAUGGUGAAAUUCCUCCAACGGCGUUGCCCACAAAUUGUCGGGGCGAAAAUUCUCGAUGAUCAACUCCCGAAGGCAGCUCAACUACCCCAUGAGACACUCAAUACAAUGGUGUCCUGCCUCCAUGCGUGCAUUGGGAAUGUCCAGCCGGAGCUGAAUGAAAUAAUCAUCACAAUGAAUGCCAAUUGCAAUAAUUUGAUGAAGAUGCAACAGCGACAGCCACCACCACCCAAUGUUCUGCGGCCACAUCGUGCCAUUGAGACACCCUUUAAUGCCUCAAGUCUCGGUGGGCAGAUCUUCACGGCACCCACGGUGGAUUCGUUCACAUCAAAUAUGGCUGGAUUGAAUUUGGGUGGACCCGGGAAUGGGUCGUUCAAUUUCAACGUUCUCGGCAAUCUCAUGUCGACACCCGCAUCGCCGUCGCGAUUGCUCUCAGCCCCCUCAAAUAGCCCCUUCUCCAUUAUGCCGAUGCAAUCAACGCCCCAAAUGAACAUAACGCGCAUUCAGCCAACGCCAACGGGGGAUAAAAUCACAAUGGCACCCAAUACGCAGCAAUUGUUCACAGAUGGAACAUCAACGGUGUCCAAGGAGGCAGAAGAUGAAGCUAAUAGCUACUUUCAGCGCAUCUACAAUCAUCCACCACACCCAACACUUUCGGUUGAUGAGGUCCUGGACAUUCUCCAGCGCUUCCAGGAAUCGCGUAUUCGUUUCGAAAAUGAGGUGUACACGUGCAUGCUACGAAAUUUAUUCGAGGAAUAUCGCUUCUUCCCUCAGUACCCCGAUAAAGAGUUGCAAAUUACAGCUCAACUAUUUGGUGGGAUGAUUGAAAGAAGUCUCGUGGCUACGUACGUGUCACUUGGCCUUGCCCUACGCUGUGUCUUUGACGCAUUGCGCAAGCCUGAGGGAUCUAAAAUGUACUACUUCGGUAUUACGGCAUUAGAUCGUUUCAAGAGCAAGUUGCACUUGUAUCAAAAAUACUGCGAGCAUGUCCGGACGAUACCGCAUUUCGAUCAAUUUCCGCCGCAUUUGGUGGAGUAUGUGGAGUAUGGGGCGAAUCAGCAGGAGCCACCGAAUAAGCCGCAGGCCAUUGUACAGUCAACCCUUGCGCAAAUGGCAGCAAUGCCAUCGAGUACGGGGGGUACAUCGGCAUUGUAUAGUCGUAGUAGUUCAGUGACGAGUAACUUGACCACAACGCCUACGGCAAAGACUCCCAAUCCGACGAAUCCCCCAUCGGCGUCCCUAACGACGUCGCGGGUGAAAUCAAUUGCAAAUGCUACGAAUAUUGAUACGUUACUUGUGGCAACGCAGGAUCGUGAGGAGAAGAUUGUUACGCCGCCGGAUGCGGUGCAAGAGAAGACGGCGUUUAUCUUUAAUAAUUUGAGUCAGUUGAAUUUGACGCAGAAAUGCGAGGAGAUUAAGGAGAUUAUGACAAAGGACUACUGGGCAUGGCUAUCGCAGUAUCUUGUACUCAAGCGUGCCUCGAUUGAGGUGAAUUUCCACGUGCUGUACUCAAACUUCUUGGAUGCCCUGAAGAUCAAUGAGAUUAAUCGUCUUGUCACGAAGGAAACUUUCCGGAAUAUUCGUGUUCUCUUGCGAAGCGAUAAGAGUAUUGCAAAUUUCUCCGAUAGGAGUUUGCUGAAGAAUCUCGGGCAUUGGCUUGGGAUGCUGACGCUAGGGCGGAAUAGGCCAAUCCUUCAUGUUGACAUUGAUCUCAAGAGUCUCCUCAUGGAGGCCUAUCACAAGGGACAGCAGGAGUUGCUGUAUGUUGUCCCUUUUGUGGCAAAAGUCCUUGAAUCAUGCGCCAAAAGUAAAGUUUUCCAACCACCGAAUCCGUGGACAAUGGCAAUUAUGAAUGUCCUUGCGGAGUUGCAUCAGGAGCCAGAGUUGAAGUUAAAUUUAAAAUUUGAAAUUGAGGUACUUUGUAAGAAUUUCAACAUUGAUGUGUCUGACCUGAAGCCCGUGGUGUACCUCAAGGAUGCCGAGAAGGCGCACAAGAUUGAGUAUCAACUAUCGCAACCGGGUAAGGUGAAGGAGCCAAUUCAGCAGCCAAUUGCUCCCCUUCACAGUGGUGCAACAGCAUCAGAUGAUACGAGUUCCGUGACUUCAUCAACUCCUGCUCCUUCGUCGUCAAGUGGGAAUGUUGCGGGGUCACCGAGUCAAUCGUUGGAUGCCCAAUCAACAGCCCUGGGUCCACCGGAACCACGUUUCAACUACAUGGACAUCACUGUGUCGAAUUUCUCAUGCAUCAACAACCUCAUGACAAUCUCCCCGAAUAUUCUACUCCUGCACACGCAGCCACAUCUCAAGGCGCUCGUACGUACAGCAAUUGAGCGCACCCUAACGGAUUGGAUGACCCCCGUUGUGGAGCGUAGUGUGAAGAUAGCAACAACAACAUGCGAACAAAUUAUCCGGAAAGAUUUUGCCCUCGAUGGCGAUGAGAAUCGCAUGCGAACGGCAGCACACUACAUGAUAAGGAAUUUGUCAGCCGGUAUGGCCAUGAUAACUUGUCGCGAACAACUACUCCUUACCAUUACGACAAACAUCAAGAAUGCCUUCAAUGCCGCCGUGACGCCGCAACAGAAGGAAUUUGUUGAUGCAGCUGCCACGCAACUUGCAUCGGACAAUAUGGAGCUGGCUUGUGCUAUAAUACAGAAGACAACGGUUGAGAAGGCAAUUCCGGAGAUUGAUAAGCGCCUUGCGAGUGACUACGAAAUAAGAAAGGUGACACGGCAGGAGGGAAGAAGGUACUGCGAUGAGGCAGUUUACAAUUAUCACUGCGAAAAUAUGCCAAAAAGGAUUCGGCUCAAAAUUGGGGGGAUCUCAAGUGAGCAAUUUGCAGUUUAUGAUGAAUUCGCAAGGAAUAUCCCCGGAUUUCAACCUAUUACUGAUCAGGAUAUGGCGCAUUUCCUACCAGCACAGUCCUUCCAGGAUCCCAUGUCGAUGUCAUCAUUUGCAGCUCAGAUGCCACAGCAGACUGUUGUGGGAUCUAAUCAAUUCAGCGGCUCGGACUUUGGGACGUUGUACGAUGAUUUGGGCAAUAAGAUUGAGUCCUUCCUCAAUGGGACAAUGAAUAUGCCGGGAUUGCAGGUGCAAACGACAAAUAUGGCUUCCCUGCUGGACUACUUGGUGGCAGCACGUCGUCAGCGUGACAACAUGACGGCAAUUUCGUUGCUGAAUAAAGCCGUUGAGGGCUUACUGGAUGGCUUUGUCAAUAUCCCCGAGCAUGCGGAGCAUAUUAAGAUGUUCCGUGAUAUCCAUUUGCGUGUAAUGCGUAUGAUGCAGGAUAGCCGAGCUUUCGGUGUGGUUACGACAAAUCGCAUCAUUACGAAGUAUUUCUUUGAAUGCCGCGAGGAGAUUCGCUACAAUUUGGAAGCAAUUGAUUUACUCUUCUCCUCAAACUUCAUCAAUGUCCCCAACUUUGACAUACUACUGAGUCAGCUAAUGGACAAUGGGAAUAACUAUUUGGCUGUGGCAUUUGCAAUGCAACUCAUUCAGCAUUUUUGCAUUGAGGAGCGUCAGGCGACGGUACUCACGGAGAAUGAUUUUGUCAAUACGAUUGAUCUCCUAACGCGCAUUUCGGUGCAUCAUCAUCGUGCCCCCGAGGGCUUACCGCACCUCAUUGAGAUUCUCCGUCUCAAUCAGGAUCCGAAUAAUCUCCUUUCGAUUGAACGUAUGCAGAAUCCGCACAUUAAUUCGGGCAUUGUGCAGGUGCGCAAUACAAAUGAAAUGGAAGAUCCACCGGGGUUGAUAAGCAAAACGGAGUAUCUGCUGAAGGAUUGGGUCAACAUUUACCACAAUCAAGCACUCAAUCGGGAUCCAAUGAAAGUUUUCGGGAUGUUUGUGGGGAAAAUGAAUAUUUGUGGGAUACUCAAGACGGAUGAUCUCAUUACGCGCUUCUUCCGUCAGGCCACGCAGCUGUGCAUUGAUGUUGUGUACACGAAUAUCAAUGAAGUGAAUAAUAUGCCAACAGUGGGUAAAUCAAAGUGUUUCCAAUGGAUUGAUGCCUUUGUGCGUCUCAUUGCGCUCCUUGUUAAGCACUCGGGGGAUAAUGGGAAUGCAACAACAAAGAUUAAUCUGCUGAAUAAAGUUUUGGGCAUUGUUGUGGGAGUCUUGCAGCAGGAUCAGGAAGUUCGUGGUGUUGCAUUCCAACAGCUUGGCUAUCAUCGUCUCUUCAUCAUGCUCUUCCUUGAGUUGAGUAAUCCCGAGCCAGUCCUGGAGAAUAUUAGUCUUCACGAAGGCCUUUCCCAACAGACUGUCACAGCUUUCUGCCACACAUAUCACCUCAUAAGGCCCUCCGUGGCCCCGGGCUUCUGCUACUCGUGGCUGGAAUUGAUUUCCCAUCGUGUCUUCAUUGGGCGUGUGCUGGCGAUGAUCCCGCAGCAGAAGGGUUGGUCAAUGUAUUCGCAACUCCUGAUGGAUCUCUUUAAGUAUCUCGCCCCAUUCUUGCGGAAUGCUGAACUCGCAAAACCCGUCACAUUGCUGUACAAGGGUACACUCCGGGUGCUCCUUGUGCUCCUGCAUGAUUUCCCGGAAUUCCUGUGUGAUCAUCAUUUUGGCUUUUGCGAUGCAAUCCCCCCGAAUUGCAUUCAAAUGCGCAACAUUAUCCUUUCGGCCUUUCCGCGCAAUAUGCGCCUCCCGGACCCAUUCACGCCGAAUCUCAAGGUGGAUAUGCUGAGUGAGAUUUCCACGGCACCGAGAAUUUUCACAAAUUACGUAUCAAACAUCCAACCGGCGACAUUCAAGAAGGACCUCGAUUCGUACUUGAAAGCCCGGGCACCCGUGACGUUCCUGUCGGAACUCAGGGGGCACCUACAGGUGUCCAAUGAGCCUGGCUCGAGGUACAAUAUCCCCCUAAUGAAUGCCCUCGUACUCUAUGUUGGGAAUCAAGCGAUCACACUCAUUCGAUCGAAAAAUCUCGUCCCGAAUAUGACAACAAUCGUCCACAGUGCUCACAUGGAUAUUUUCCAGAAUUUAGCAGUGGAUUUGGAUAAUGAGGGAAGGUAUCUCUUCCUCAAUGCAGUUGCCAAUCAACUACGCUAUCCCAACAGUCACACGCACUACUUCAGCUGUGUCCUCCUCUACUUGUUUGUCGAGGCAAAUUCUGAAGCAAUUCAGGAACAAAUAACAAGAGUUCUUCUGGAGCGUCUCAUUGUCAAUCGCCCACAUCCAUGGGGUUUGCUAAUUACCUUCAUUGAGCUCAUAAAGAAUCCCGUCUACAAAUUCUGGGAUCAUGAUUUUGUUCACUGCGCCCCUGAAAUUGAAAAGCUCUUUGAGUCCGUGGCACGCUCGUGUAUGGUUGUGAAGACAAACAAUCAGCAGACACUGAACAGCGUCGAGGCGGAACUGCAGGAGUGCAACUGAAGUGUCUGCUUUGUCCUCCGUGGGCACAGCAGAAAUUCUUAAAGUGUAAUGAUGGUGAGAGACAGGCAGACAUCAAUGUAUUGAAUUUUCGUCAGGUGAGACAGAGGGGGGGGGCGACGACGACGGAGGAAAUGAGGCAAGUCACAGAGAGAGAGAGAAAUUUAAUAAAUUGUAUAAAGGUGUUCCUUCGUCUCUUGGGGUGUUUUUUUAUGUCUCUCACUCUCAGCCUCUGUGCCACUAAAGGUAGCACACGUGGUGCUUGUCUAAUAUGAGGAAAAAAACACGCACACAAGAGUACAGAAAAACAAGAAGAAGAAAAGACGAAGAGACAACUUCUACGCAGAAAGAAAAACUUUUUUUUUAAAGCAAAACGAUAAAAAAAAACAAUACGAAAGUUAUAUUAAUUUUUUUGUCUCCUCUUUGCCUCUCAAAGCGAUAACAAAGUGAGAAAAAAAAAGAAGAAAUGAACGAGAAUAUGAAACGAAACUCAAUUGAUUGUUCUCUUUUUUUUUUGUAAAUUUAUUUUUUGAUUGAAAAAAAGAACCAAAAUUUGUACAUUUGGCCAAGAUUUUGUAGAGAAAAAAAAGAAGCAUAAAUGUGAAAUUAUUUAAUGAAAAGAUUUUAUAGAUAAAUGGUUAUAACUAAAAUGUUUGAGAGAGCUUUUGUGAGAGCCUAAAAUUGAUGGGAAAAAUAAGAUUAAUAAAAGAUUUAAAAUUAUUGUGAAGGGGGUAAAGUUUGCGUAGGGAAGUGAAUUAAAUGAAACAGUCUAAUUAAAAACACGUAAAUAUUAUAUAUAAACAAAAUAUUUUUUAAAUAAUGAAUAACAUUGUUUAUGGAAAAAAUAAAUAGUUUAAUAACACGAUAUAAAUAUACAUAUAAAACACUUUGUAGUGUGUAGAAUAAAUAGGGAGGAGAUUGAUAUUAAAAAAAAAUAUGAUGAUGAAAAUAAUAUUAGAAAAAUGUGUUUUUAGAUUUAAAUAAAGCAGAUAAAAAAAUCAUAAAAAA